AUGGAAGCGCUUUGUUUUCACGACGGCAACGUCACUGACUUGAUUGAUCAUCGAGCUCUCAACGUUCAUAAUGAUUCAAAUAGUGUUUUGCAAAUGCACUCUUCACUUGUGCGAAGGCUCUCCUUGGAAAGAGAACUUGAGGGGCAUCAUGGUUGCGUAAAUUCAAUGGCUUGGAACUCAACAGGCUCUCUCUUGAUAUCAGGAUCUGAUGAUACACGGCUUAAUGUUUGGUCAUAUUCAAGCCGCAAACUUUUGCACUCCAUUGAGACAGGAGAUGCUGAGGUCCGCCUCUUUAAUUUGUCACGUCUAUAUGGGAGAGGAUUGGACGAGAAUGUUAUUAGCCCAUCAGCACUUUUUCAAUGUCACACCAAUAGGGUCAAAAAAUUAGCUGUGGAAGUUGGAAACCCUAAUGUGGUGUGGAGUGCCAGUGAAGAUGGGACACUGAGGCAGCAUGAUCUGCGUGAGGGUGUUUCAUGUCCUCCUGCUGGGUCCUCUCACCAAGAAUGUCGUAAUAUUCUUCUUGAUUUACGUUGUGGAGCUAAAAAAUCAUUGGCAGAUCCUCCUAAGCAAUCACUCGCUCUGAAGUCUUGUGACAUCAGUCCUACUAGGCCUCAUUUGCUCCUUGUUGGUGGGAGUGAUGCAUUUGCUCGUCUGUAUGAUAGACGAAUGCUGCCACCAUUGUCAUCUAGUCAGAAAAUGUUGCCGCCGCCUCCUUGUGUUAACUACUUUUGCCCAAUGCAUCUUUCUGACUGUGGACAUUCGAGCUUGCAUCUUACUCACGUCGCUUUCAGUACUAACAGAGACGAGGUUCUUAUUAGUUACAGUGGGGAGCAUGUGUACCUGAUGGAUGUUAAUCCUGCUCCUGGAAGUGAAAUGAGGUAUACCUCAGGAGAUGUCUCAAAGAUUAUGAGCUUUAAUCCCAUGAUCAACAGAGUAGAAUCGCUCUCAUCUAUUUCUGGUGUAUUUUUUAAUGGUUUUCCUGUAAGAAACCGAGUGGCUGCCAAGCUUGACAAGUGCAGAAAGUUGGUUCAGAUUGCAGAAAAAUCCUUAAAAGAAGGAACGGAUUUUUACUAUGGAGUUGAGGCUUGUAAUGAAGUUUUGGAUGGUCAUGGUCAUGAGAUUGGACCUACUCUAGUACAUGAGUGUUUGUGUAUACGUGCAGCCUUGUUGCUCAAGCGGAAAUGGAAAAAUGACGCAUACAUUGCCAUCAGGGACUGUCAUAGAGCUCGGAAAAUUAAUCCUUCUUCAUUUAGAGCAUUGAUUUGUAUGUCUGAGGCAUUAUCACAGCUGGGGAAACAUGAAGCAGCUUUGGAGUUUGCUGAUGCAGCUCGAUCUCUGGCUCCAUCUGAUUUUGAAGUUGGAGAAAAGGUGGACAACAUAAAAAAGCAUAUUGCUGCAGAAAUUGAGAAAGCUAAAAAGGAAAACGAUAGAGGAUCUAAGUCCGUAUAUCGAGCAGGAAGUGUACUAUCUAUGAGUGAUAUAAUCUAUCGUCCCGAGGGAAAUGGUGAUGCUUCACAAGAUGGCCCUGAAAGAGAAGAUUCUGACUUAGAUGAAGAAUUGGAAUUUGAUUUUGAAACAUCAGUAUCUGAUGAAGGACAUGAUUUUGACUCUAAUGUUCUUCAUGGAAGUUUAAAUUUUAGAAUCCACAUGAGAGGUGACUCAGCAACAGAAACUGGAAGACCAAAUGGUGCUUCUGGGUUGCCUACACCGUCAUGUCAAAGCGAUAAAGUACCUUAUCAGCCUGAGACAGUGACAGAUAUGAAACAAAGAUAUGUUGGCCAUUGCAAUAUAGGCACUGACAUAAAACAGGCUAGUUUUCUUGGUCAAAAAGGUGAAUACAUUGCUAGUGGAAGUGACGAUGGUAGAUGGUUUGUAUGGGAAAAAAGAACUGGCAGAUUAUUAAAGAUGCUGCAUGGAGAUGAAGCUGUUGUGAACUGCAUUCAGUGCCAUCCAUUUGAUUGUGUUGUUGCAACUAGUGGGAUUGAUAGCACCAUAAAGAUUUGGACUGCAAGUGCUUCAGUCCCAUCCAUUGUGGCUGGUGGAGCCGCAGGACCAGAGGCUCCAAAUGUGUUAGAUGCUAUGGAAGGCAAUCAGCGCAGAUUAUGCCGCUCUCGUGAAACAUUUUUGCCCUUUGAGAUUUUGGAGCGGUUUCGGAUGCAUGAGUUUACUGAAGGAAGUUUGCAUCCAUUUGAGUGCACACAAAGCUGA